AUGCACUCUUUGGCUCUUCUAAUUGGCGUGGCCAGCACCCUUGCCUCCGCCGCGGCUUCCCCUCAAGCCUACCAAGCUUCACAGCUGCUUUCGCUCAAUGCAAGGCAGGAGCCACCUUCUAACACUGUAAGUGCCAAGGUCCGCGCUGAUGGCAGUGAUCAUGACGCAUCAAUCGCUGACAGGGUGAGGCUCUGCACCUCAACCUAGCCUUUGUACUUGAAUGCCCCUGCUUGCGACUUUUACCAAUGCAGUGUCAAUCUUUCUGUGAGUGGAAGCGAUGUAGCUCGAGAACGCGACACUCCAUGUUGAAGCUGCCCUCUAACGGCUUGCAGGUCGGUGGCAAUCUUGCCGUCAACUGGCUCAACCCCCCGGCUGGUGAUGUCAACAUUGACCUGAUGGGAAACGCGUCCUCGUACGUCGCGCACCACGUUGCCACUGUCGCAAGCAACAGCGAAGGCGACCGAUGUGAUGCGGGAGCGGGCAUUGGUCAGCAGAACAACGGCGUCAAGUGUGGCCGCUACGAAUUCAUCAUUCCUAACGGCUGGGAGGGCAACUGUGAGUUAGCUGAUAGAGCGUGGCAUUCUUGGGUGUGCAGUAGACGGCAUUGGGGUGAUCUGGCGGUAUCCGUCAUGCCUGGAAAUAGUCUCUGCGUGGCAGAGCAGACGUUUGGUUUGGGAGGAAUUGGAGAAUUGUGCUCACUCGCUAUCAUUGGUCCUCCCUCAGACACCGUUCGAGCUUCGCUGGUGCAAGACCCCAGUGUGGAGUCCUAUACAGAUGUCGUACUGAUCGGCCCCAACGCCACUGCAAGCAGCCUGCCCACCACCGUCGUGCCGAUCAACGGAGCGCCAGCUGCGACGUCCAGCGCUGCUGGAAACUCCAGCUCCUCAGGAAGCCCAGCAGCCACCAGCUCGAGUGCCGGUGCGCCCGCUGGUAGCGGUACUGGGACCCCACGCUCUGGCUCGCCUGACUCGGCCACGACCCUGGCUCGUAGCAUGGACCGCCACACUGUCGCAAUUGCUGCCGCAGGCGUCGUAUUUGGUGCCCUUGCUCUUCUGUGA